GCGACAAAGCAGACGGAGUGUGUCAAAGUGUCCGUGUCCAGCCCUUCUGCCGCCGUGUGCACAUUGCAGUGGUGCAGCAAACAGCGGGAGCAGCCGCGGGGCUGUGCGUGCGUUCAGCCGCUGGGGGUGGGGAGAGGGUACUAGAGGCUGGUCUAUCCGUGUUUUCCGGAAGAGAGGGUGUGAAACAUGGGACACAUAUCAGGUCAGCUGCUGAUCCCGCCACACACGCAUUCAGUCACUCACACUUAGCAGAGGAGAAGCCCGUGUUUCUGUUUGUCAGCGCUUACAAUCGGCUGUGAAGAGGAGUCAAAACAGGCGCCGCGUCCGUUCGGGACAUCCCUCUGGAUCCCUUUGACUGGAACAAUUAAAGGGACUCGAGCACGCCCGGCUCUGGCGAGGCCCAAGGCUGGCACAGGUCACGUUGAUGCUGGUGAGAGCUCUCCAGUACUCUCCCUGCCACCUGCUCCUGCACUGCUCCCACCUGCUCAGACGCCAUGGCUAUGAGCAGUGACCCUGGCUGUGAGAGUCUGGAUGCCAGCUCUUCCACGCCGACCAGUAGCCUCACAGACAUCAUGGCCGCCAUGACCACUAAAGACUCGGGCGGCUCACCUGCAAAUGGCGAGAGAAACGGCGGGGCCCAGCAAGAUGGGGCUCAGGCGAAGAGGACUCAUCCGGUUCGACCUCACCUGACCGGGAGGAAGCUGUCGCUGCAGGAGCGGGGCACGUACCUAUCGUCGGGCUCCGGAGGAGGUUACUCGCACAUUUCCCCUCGUGUGGCUCGCAGGCCUACAGUGGAGUGUAAACGUGUAUCCAUAUCAGACUCUCAGGACUGCAUCCAGUUGAACCAGUAUAAGCUGAAGAGUGAGAUUGGAAAGGGCUCCUAUGGUGUGGUCAAACUUGCCUACAAUGAAGAUGACGACAAAUAUUAUGCCAUGAAAUUGGUGUCAAAGAAGAAGUUAGUGAAGCAGUGUGGCUUUCCACGUCGCCCACCUCCAAGAGGGCCGAAGGCAGCUCAAGGAGAGCAGCCCAAAAUCUUAGGACCCCUGGAAAGGGUCUACCAAGAGAUUGCCAUCCUUAAAAAACUGGACCAUGUUAACAUUGUCAAGCUGGUGGAGGUGCUGGAUGAUCCUUCUGAGGACAACCUUCAUAUGGUGUUUGAGCUGAUGCGUAAGGGUCCAGUGAUGGAAGUGCCCACAGACAAUCCUUUGUCAGAAGAGCAAGCUCGCUUGUACUUCAGAGAUGUCAUCCUGGGUAUAGAGUACUUACACUACCAAAAGAUUGUCCACAGGGACAUCAAGCCUUCUAACUUGUUACUGGGGGACGACGGCCACGUAAAGAUAGCAGACUUUGGAGUCAGCAACCAGUUCGAGGGCAACGAUGCUCUGCUGUCCAGCACUGCUGGCACACCUGCAUUUAUGGCACCAGAGACCCUGUCGGAUAAGCGAAAGAGCUUCAGUGGAAAAGCGCUGGACGUUUGGGCCAUGGGAGUUACCCUCUACUGUUUCGUCUUUGGGAAGUGCCCGUUUAUUGAUGAAUACAUAUUGGCUUUGCACAAUAAGAUAAGGACCAAACCUGUGGAUUUCCCAGAAACACCAGCGAUAAGUGAAGAGCUGCGGACUCUGAUCUUGCGGAUGCUGGACAAGAACCCAGACACCAGGAUCACCCUCCCUGAGAUCAAGAUGGACCAGUGGGUGACCCAGGGAGGCACUGACCCCUUGCCUCUGGAGGAAGAGCACUGCUCCGUGGUGGAGGUCACAGAGGAAGACAUCCAGAACUCAGUGAAAUUUGUUCCGAGCCUUUCUGCAGUGAUCUUGGUAAAAGCCAUGCUGAGGAAACGCUCCUUCAGUAACCCCUUUGAGUGUCCGAGCAGGCGAGAGGAGCGGUCCAUGUCUGCACCGGGCAGUCUGCUCAUGGACUCGUGGCCCUUCCGGCCCUCUUUAAAACUUCACCCCUCGCUCAGGAAGGGAAGCACAGGAGAUGGACCCAGAGAAGGAGAGCUGGAGGACCUGCAUGAAGACGAGCCCUCCUCUUGAGUCUCAAUGACACUCCCCGGUCGACAGAGCUUUGUCCCGAACGUGAAACCAUCCACGCCUUCAUCCAAACAUUUCCUUCAAACGAGUGGCACAACAUGAACGUUUCGUUCUAUAAACUGGAGGUUGAAAAACUCUCGGCUUUUUAAAUCUGACGUUGCUUGUGCAAACGUUCAGACGCUUGUGAUGCUUUCCCCUUUGCUUCCUGUUUGCCUCAGAAUGCCCUUCCUCACCCCCAUUUCUCCACUGUGGACUCUGUGGACGCUGAGCUCGACGGCGUUGCUUGUCUUAGCUGCUCGACCACUUAGCGCCGUGGCCGGCCUCACUGAACCGACGAGAGGGAGAGGGAUUCCAGGUUCAAGUUAUUUUUUGUGCAGAAGGACGAGGACAUGUUGGACAGCGAUCCCCGCGAUGUUUUUUAUCUUUAUGCAUGUUGAAUUAAUAGGCCUCGUCAUCCUACUGUUUACAGCCUUUUGUCACAGUCGUGGUGGGUAAAGACAUCCCUGUUCAGUGCUUCAGCAUGUAAAUACACGCUGUUGAUAACUUACAUUUUAAAGCAGGGCAAUGAAGGACAGAAUCCUUCCUGUGCUGCCUUCGCAGACGUCGACUGGCAGCGCUUCUAUGAGGAAGGAAGUCCGCUGUCUGAUGGUGACCAGGCAGAAAGGACGUUUAAUAGACUUUCCCUGCUGUGUUACGUGUAAUUAUUUUCGUGUUCGGGGUCAUUUCGCGUUUCUCCUCUUACUCCGUUAAGUGUUAUGUUUCCCACAGUCUGUGAGCGUCUCUUAAAUAAUUUCACUUGCAAUUUAGAACACAUUACUGUGUGGACCAUUCCUGGAUGCAGAGCUGAUUUAAAAAGCAUAAAUGAUGUCCACGUUAAAUAUCAGCGAGUGCUCUCGCAGAAGAAAUUGCUGAAGAAAUUGUAUCAACUUGCACCGUGUGCAAAUUGAUUCAGUGUCUUCACUAGUGUGUCUAAAGCAAAGGGACGCCAAUUAUUAUGAUUUGUGUUUCUUCUUGCUAAGGAAAGUGACUUAUUCUGGCCAAACAGAGCCCGUCUCUGUUUGACCAGAAUGGUCCAGACCAUAAGGAUCUUAGAGUUUUAUUACGAUAGAGUAGUAGCAGAGAGAAGUGAUUCACUCGCAACUUUCCGUUUGUUCUAAAACAAAAACAGGAAGGACGAUGUUGCACACAUGUUAAGACUUGCCGUAAAUGUAACCGAAACUUGUAAAUUGCACUUCAUAUUUGCGCAGUGAUAGUUUACAUGAAAACUUAAAAUCUUUAAAUGUAUGAAGGUUUAAAUUGAAUUGCAUGUGUUGUACCAAACCGGUGCCACUCAUAUUUUGAUGGUGUGGCAGGAUGGUGCAGGGUUAGUUUUUAUGUCAGGCGUCUAAAAAGCUUAAGGGAGCAUCAGGGAAUUUAAAAAAAUAAAUAAAAAAAAUAAAAAUCUGAUCAAACUGUAGGAUUUUUGGCGUUUUAAAGAGAUGAGGAUCUUAUGGCUGAGCUUGUUUCCAUCGUUCUUUUAGGGUGACAUUAAUUUUAUUUGCAAAUUGCACUCCAUUCAAUCAGUGCUAUCAUGUCUGCAGUGCUAUCAUGAGGUCUCAUGUCGCGCUACCUGUUACCACAAGUAAUUUCUCAACCUCUGGGAACUACUGCUAUGAAAUAAAACAACAAACAACAAUAAAAAGAAGAGCUCUUUUAAAGCUCGACUCGUUUGCCACGGUUUAAUCACACAGCAGAGAGUCAUACAAAGAAACUGAUUGUUUGUGAACGCAACCCUUCACACUUCAACUUCUCCCUGCAACAACCUCCUGUAAUUUUCACAUAGACCCUGACUAGUUUUUCCUGACUGAAUUCCAGUAGUUCAAGCAUGCUACGCUAAUGACAGGAAAGUUAAUUAGUAAGCAUGUGAGAUCACAAGAGGCACUGUGGAUUAAUACAGAACUUUCUGUAUGUGUUCUGUAAGUUAAUUUAAUUAAACUAAUGAUCUUUGCUCACUCAUAUCUGAAAAAAAAGAAGGAAAUAAACAGCUCUUCCUCCAA